AUGCUUCUCUCAUCACUUCCAAAUAUCCUUGCGUUCGCGCUGCUCUGCGGAGUGAGUGCUGCCUCGGACGACAAACCGAAACCGAAACCCGUGGACCCAUGUACUAUUUCCUCGCCCAGUGGCUCGUUCUUUGAUCUGCGAUCACUCUCGAUACAGCCGGUUCCACCAGGGACGACUCCGGGCAAGAAUCAGAAGACGGAUAGCUGGCAUGCGAAGGGAUACGACUACAAGUCCAAUUUUACCUUGAAUGUCUGCGCGCCCGUUGUAGAAACCCUAGAUAAUGUCCAGGGAGUUGAUAAGGACCUGUGGAAGAAUGUUAGCGCCUUCUAUGAGGUGGGAUCGAAGCAAUACUCCCUAGGACAGCAGUCAUCCAACUUGACACUCCGGGGAAGAAGACUAGUGCUCCAAUAUAUAAAUGGCUCUCCCUGCGGUGAAGGAAAGGGAAAGGCGCGAUUAAAGCGAGGGGCAGAAGCAAGCUGGGACGACUAUGAUGAGGGCUCUGAUAAUGACAAGGGAGAAUACCAUACACAAGCAGUUCUAACUGGCGCUCGCCGCAAGUCAGCGACAAUAUCUUUCCAUUGCGACAAAGACCCUCUAGCCACUACAGCAACCGCCACAUUCGCGAGCGUUGAUCCGGAUGAGUGCGCCUACUUUUUCGAAAUCCUCUCGCCAGCAGCCUGUGGUGGUUCGGUGCCUACUCAAAAAGGAGUUGGCCCGGCGGCAGUCUUUGCUAUCAUCGGGCUUAUUGCAAUACUCGUAUACUUCCUAGGAGGUGUAGUUUAUCAACGCAAUGUAGCGCAUGCUAGAGGUUGGAGGCAGUUGCCGAAUUAUAGCAUGUGGGCGGGGAUUGGGAGUUUUAUCAAGACGUUGCAGGAUAUUUUCAUCAUCAUUACAUCAUCAUGUGCUCGGUUCGUCCCCAGGAGGAGAGGUUACAGUGCCCUCUCGGCCUCGGCCAAUGCCGGGAGAGGACGACACCGAGCGGACGAUGAAAACCGGCUGAUUGACCAGCUCGAUGAAGAAUGGGACGAUUAG